UGUCAUCCCGUUAAUUUUUUAUAUAUAAUUUGUCGCAUCCUAUCUGACACAUAUACUCUCCUUUUCGUCUUUGGAAGCAAAGUUUUUCAUCUUUGACUACUUUAUAGACAUCUUUGUUAGCCUUGAAGGCUUCAACAACCUUUUUUCAUUACUUCUUUGUAUUCUGACACAUCGCUCUACAUGUCCACUACAAGCCCCACCUCCAGUGGCAUUUCCAUCAAUUCCUCGGAUGCUGAAUCAAAGGCCUUCUUCAACUUGCUGACAGAAAUUCUGGACAGUAUUUCAAUUGCAGUGGGAGCCUUUGUCAUUAUCGCCGUUGUGUUAAUUCGCAUCUAUCGACCCGCCCUUGGCCGAACAAUUACAGUACGACUAUCGGGAUGGAUUGCAUUCGCCGAUAUUCUUGUUUGCAGUAUUCAAAUUAUUUAUAUUCACGGCAAUGAAUUAUUCACCAAUGUAUCGCCACUUGCGCUUGGAUUCGUUUUAACUUCCUUGCAAACAUCAUCAUUGUUUUUUGUCUACCUCACUGUCUGCAUCGCUAUCAACUUGCACUUGACUAUCUUGACAUCGAAAUAUAGAAAUGUUGCUGAUAAAAUCGACCCUUGGAUGGUGCCAGUGUCCUUUAUUUGGGCAAAUGUAACGACGAUCCCCUUUCAUAUCUGGUUUCAGGCAGAAUGGAAUCCUCAAAUUGGAGGGUUUGUUAAAACUCCCACUUGGGCUGCUCCAUACUACAUGUGGGCAUCACAAUAUGUCUGGCAAUUGCUUGGAGAAUUAUACUGUGCCAGUGUCAUUGUUAUGGUUCUCGUUAAACUUUACAAUAUGAGAAAGUAUCAAGAAAAGCAAUCCUCUGCGCAGAACCGCAACCAAAUUGAAAGUUCAGAUCAGCACGGAAGAUCAUCCAAGCGAAUUACCUUUGUAAUGCUCCGUAUCGUGUGGUAUCCUGUUAUUCCUAUCAUCACGCAAACAUGGCUGAUUGUGAUGAACUCGAUCCCAGCGCCCCACAACUUACCCUAUAUCAACAUUAACAACAUUAUGAGUGCCCUGCAAGGCAUUUUGAAUGGCAUUGUUUUCUGCUUGAACCCUGCAACCUACGCUCUAUGGCAAGAGUGGCGUAAUAAACCUGAAAUCCCUUUUUCUCCCAAAGCGUCUAGAAACACUCGGCACAGCUUCGACGAUGGCGCCACUUGGAUAAAGCUUCAGGAACCUGCCAUGUCUACCGUCUCUGAAAACUAUGAAAUGUAUAAGCCAAACAAGCCUGGUAUACCUUCCGACUGGUAAUUUUUCACCAAUAUACUUUUGGUGCAGAACAUCCCCCCCCGAGAUUUUUUGGGCUUGCCCAUACGUCUAUCAUACACUCCUUUUAAUUUUAUACCAGCGUUUACUAUUCCCUCUUGCCCUUAAACCACUAAGCCAUGUACACUAGUUACUUCCCUUUCCUCUAUUUUUUUUUUUCUAAUAAUGCAUGAUAUUCUUGAUUCGCUCAUGCAACGAAACUUCUCAGAUAUGCACAUAGCCUUCCAUUUUAACGCUUAGUGUAAUGUUUCGAUAUUCUGUGAUACGAAACGAAUUGAGAAUUUAUGAUAUAUCCAGCAUUAUUUCCUCGUAUGCCGGGUUACACUGCAAUGGCUAACGGUCCGACAUAACAGUCACUCGCAUUGGUAGUAGUGGUACGAAAAUACCGUUUUGUCAUGCCCAUGCUGGAAGGCGGGUUAUUAAGUAAUUAGGGUAGCCAUCGGAUAAACGUUUCACAGCCCAGGUU